CUGGUCUGCCCGUUUCAAGUUUGGCCUUGGCGCCAUUUAGCCUAUUGUCUCGAAAAUCACUCGUCAUAUGAAAUGAGAUAGAAUGAGUCAGAAAGACGCGAACAAAGUGGUGACGGUUGUUGCCUACUUGUGUCAAGGUGACAAGUCAAAGGAAAUAUCGUACACGGAUGCCAAAGUCAUAGGGAACGGAUCAUUUGGCGUUGUGUAUCAAGCUAGACUCCUGGAAACUGAUGAAAUAGUCGCUGUAAAAAAAGUUCUUCAGGAUAGGAGAUUCAAGAAUCGAGAAUUGCAAAUUAUGCGCCAACUGGACCAUCCAAAUAUUGUGCAGUUAAAGUACUUCUUUCACUCUGUGGGUGACAGAAAAGAUGAUGUCUAUUUAAAUUUGGUCCUCGAAUUUAUUCCGGAAACCGUAUAUCGUGUUGCCCGAAGAUAUGCCCGUCAAAAGGAAACAAUUCCUCUUUUAUUUGUAAAGCUAUAUAUGUACCAACUUUUCCGAAGUUUGGCUUACAUACAUCAUAAAGGUAUUUGUCAUCGGGAUAUAAAACCCCAAAAUUUACUUUUAAAUCCAGCAACAGCUGUUUUGAAAUUAUGUGAUUUCGGAAGUGCGAAGGUUUUGGUUCGCGGUGAACCUAACGUUUCUUACAUAUGUUCCCGUUAUUACCGGGCUCCUGAAUUGAUAUUUGGUGCUGUGGAUUACACAUGUCAGAUUGAUGUUUGGUCAGCUGGUUGCGUACUUGCUGAACUUUUGUUAGGUCAGCCAAUUUUUCCUGGCGAAAGCGGUGUAGACCAGCUUGUUGAAAUUAUAAAGAUCUUAGGUACUCCUUCUCGCGAACAAAUUCACGAAAUGAAUCCUGACUAUCGGGAAUUUAAAUUUCCACAGAUUAAACCUCAUCUCUGGUCAAAAGUUUUUCGUCCUCGUGUUCCAUCGGAAGCAAUUCAGUUGGUGUCACAGUUACUUGACUACACACCCUCAAAACGUUUAGAACCGUUAGAUGCUUGUUUACAUUGCUUUUUCGAUGAGUUAAGACAAGAAGGAACUAGACUUGCCAAUGACAGACCUCUACCUCCAUUAUUUAAUUUGACACCCUACGAAAUGACUAUGCGAGAUGAUAUGUACAAAUUUCUCCCACCUUCUCGAACAUCCGGAGGAGCUGGGGGAUCAGAGUCAAGUUUACCACCUACUUCGGAUCUUUCAAUGGUAGAACAACCACAACCGCAUCAUAUAACAGAUACUGUUGAUCGCACGGGACAAAAUCACAAUCCCUCUACAUCAGAAGGGAGUAAAUUAUCGGAUUCAGAAAUUCGAUUAGGAGUUGUAGCUCCAUCUCGUAGUUCGGAUAACAUACAACUCAUAUCAAAUAACAGUAACAACAAUGAUAAUAACAACAAUAUUGAUAUACCUCAUCAAUUGAAAGAUUCCUGCCAUGAAGAGUUAGAAUCCAGGAAUAUUCAAGGUGUCAAUAGUUAAAGAUAAUGAUCACAUUUUGUCUAUCUAUAAAAUUUAUUCACUAUAUUUGUCCUCAUGUGACAUUUGUUAAAUUCCGAAACUCAACAUCACGAAACAAGGAUGAAAAACCACUCGACUCAGGUUUCUCGUCCAGUUUAUUCCUCCUGAGACAAGUACUAAUUAUAUACGUGUACAAAUAUUUACCAAUAUAAUCAGUAAUAUUUCUUAAGAUUAAUGAAGCUCCUUCCUGUAGAUGACAAUCAACAUAACACAGAAUUAUAGUGACAAAGUAAUUUGUUUUAUUCCUAUUUUAGGAUUUCACUUAUUUUCCAUUUCUGUACAAACAUUCACAAUUUAAUGAUCAUUUCUCAUGUAAUUUUAAUCAUAUCCACUCUCUUUCAAUCACUUUAAUUAACAACAUCUACAUAUUUUGUGUGUGUUUUUUUGUUCAUUCAUGUAUGCUACAUUUAAUGUUGUAGUUUGUUUAUUUUCAACACUGGCACUUUGUUUUUUUUAAUCAUUUUUCUCUGACUACAUUACUUUGUUUGUUUUUUCUGCCUAAAUGUAACAUUGCUAUUUGAAAAGUAAAUGAGUAGUCGUUUACACGAAAAAUCCUUUGGUUACAACUCUUUAUAUUGUCUUCUAACUAUUUCUGUUUUUUUAAGUGAUAAUCAAAGAAAGUAUUUGUUUAUUAAGUGGUACAUUGCAACAUUUAAAAAUUUGUUUUCCAAAUGUAUAUCAACUGUAAUGUUUCUUUCUUUUUUUCGUAGUGUUUUCUUAACAUUCUCUUAAAUUACAAUGAUCUUCAUUGUAACUACAGUUGUUUAUCAUUCCUGUUAUUAAUACUGCAUGCAGCGCCCGAUAUAUAUAUAUAUAUAUAUAUAUAUAUAUAUAUAUAUCGGUUACAAAACAGACAUCUUUCUUUCACAUAUUACGGCAUUUUUUCUCGUCACUGCUCUCCUGUUGGUUCGUCUUUCAUAUCAUAUCAUAUAUAAAUACAUAUAUAUGCCAUUAUAGAUUAUAAUUAUAGACAAGUAUAUCAAUUUACGAUCAUGAUGUUUAAUAGAAUCCUUGAACAUUUUUCUUUCCGUUUACACCACUUUGUCUUUUUUUGCAAUGACUUUAAUGAAUAUUUCCGUCCAUUAGAAACUUAAUCAGUAGAUUGGCGGGCUGCAAAAAUAUGUGGACUAGUCACAUUACAAACAAUAUUUCAUGUAAUGAUUUGUAUCUGAAGAAAAUAAUUCCAAUAAUUAAAGGAACCACUGAGUUACAGAUUGACAUGUUGUGAUUUCACAUUCACUGAUCUCUAUUUCUAUAUAAUACGCACCUUAAUUAGUUAUAUGGGAGAAAAAUGCGUUUACUUUGUGUGUUUAUCUAUAUAUACGUUCGUACGUGUUGUUCUGUCAUAUUUCUAUGAACAGUUUUUAAUUUUCCGUGCGUAACUAAUGUAAUAUAUUGAUCAAUAUAAUAUAAAUAUGUAGUACAACUUGUGUUCUUUUCUAUCAUUCAUAUGUAAUCAUCUUUUAUUUAAUUCACCAACGUAUGACUAUUAAUCCUAGUUCUGUCCAAAAUUUAAGCUGUUAUAAAUUACAUUACAAUAUUAAUCCCCUCCCAUAUCUGUGUAAUUGAAUAAUUACACAAACCAUAUAUUAUAUUUUGUAUCAUUAUGAUAACUGUCACUCAGUUUAUUCAAGAAAAGCAAAAAUGAAGGAGAUUAAAGAAUUUGUAAACUAUGUCAACUUUGUGCUUUUUCUGUGCUACAUUUCUAUUUCUUCUUUCAUACAUAAUAAAUAGUAAGUGUUGGUCUAGCUGUAUAGUCUUUUUAAUUCUAAAAAAUCAAACAGUUUAGUAUCU